AUGGAUGAGAGAGCAGACUCCUCCGAGUACUCAAUCAACCAAUUCAACGGUAACAUUUUCAACAUGGUCCAACCAGAUUUAAUCCCGGAAAGUGAUUUCGCAAACUUCAUUUCCAUCAUUAAGGAAGAUCAUCCUAUAGAAAAAUUCUGUUUGGACUUCGAAUGCAAUCACUUUACCAAUACUUGUACGGAAGUAUUGCAAUUUCCACCAAUGAUGUCGUAUGGCCACAACACUGAAUAUGUGGCCGUAGAUAGAGCUGUGACUGAUUCUAAUGACGGUUGUUAUGAUCAAGUGAUGGAUCCUUGUUUGGACAUGUCCACGUGGAACCGAAAAGAGGAGGAUGUGAAGGUUUCUGAGGAAUUUGAUGACGAUGAUUCUUCCGAGACCGUGACAAAUGGUAACUCGGAUACACGAGGAAGGAAGAAAGGCGGCGGUGCCAAGGGAGAUCGAACAAGGACCUUGAUUUCCGAGCGGAAAAGAAGAAGUGGAAUGAAGGAGAAGCUUUACGCGUUGCGUUCAUUGGUACCCAACAUCACUAAGAUGGACAAAGCUUCCAUAGUUGGAGACGCGGCACGAUACAUCCAAGAUCUUCAAGCGCAGGCAAGGAAUUUAAGAGUAGAGAUUGCGACAAUCGAAGAAGCAUCUAAAAAUAACAAAGUAAUUUCAUCUCAAAAUUCAAAAAAAUAUCGUGUUUCAAACUCGAUUGCAAUAGUAAAGAAGAUAUCAAAGUUCGACAUGUUUGAAGUAGAGGAAAAAGGAUACUAUGUGCGAUUGGUUUGUAACAAGGGACGAGGUGUCGCGGUGUCGCUCCAUAAAGCACUCGAGUCAAUUACGAGUUUUAAGGUCCAAAGCUCCAAUUUGUCGACUGUUGGUGAUAACUUUGUCUUGACAUUCAAUUUAAAUGUGACAGUGUGUGAAUUUGAUAUCAACCUGCCAAAUUUGAAGCUAUGGCUUUCGGGGGCUUUCCUUAAUCAAGGUUUCGAAUUCAAUAUGUUUCCAUGA